GACUCUAGGGUUUAAGAAACCCGCAUCAUACUUCUGAAGCACCUUAAACCCUAAACUAAUAAUACUCACUCUCACCACCACCAUGGUCCUUAAAACCCUAGUUUCCUUGAUUGCAGAUGGGUUAUGCUCCUCCUACUAACAACACCAACAACAACCGCUUUUUGUAGAAGUCGAAGACUCUUUUCUUGACACUCUUUAAAGUUUUGAGGGUUGGGUUGAAGAUCAUCCGAAUUUAUUAUCACUGGCUGAAGUUAACAAAACCCUAGUUUGGAACAAAUGAACACUUCAGAAGAGGUUUGUGGGUCUAAAAAGUUAGGGGAUUUGAUUGAGGAACAGAUUGGUAAGGUUUGUUUAACAUCUGAUGCUGAAUUGAAGGAAGAAGCGAAUAAUAGUAAUAAUAAUAUUGUGGAUGGUGUAAGUGACGGUCCUGUUGAUAAUGGUGAAGUGAAAACUGUUGUGGAGGAUUCUGAGGAGGAGGAGGAUGAAUCGAGUAGUAGUAGUAGUAGUAGUAGUUCGAGUAGUGAUGAUGAUGAUUCAGAGGAGGAGGAAGAUGAUGAUUCGGAGGAUGAAAGUGAUGAGGAAGAGGGUGUGAAAGGUGAGGGUGAAAUGGAAGAAGGGGAGGUAAAAGAUGAAGUAAUUGCUUGGAGUGAUGCUGAUGAUGAAGAUGGUGAUGUUGUCAAAGGCCCGAUUCGGUCCAAGAAUGAGGUUCAGGAUCUCCCUCCGGUCCCUCCGGUGACUGUAACCAUACAACCCCAUCAUCAGACACUUCCAGUUGGAGCUGUAUUAUCGAUUAUGGGCUCUCAAGUGGUUGUGGAAGGAGUGGAGGUUCAUAACCCUUUAAGCGAGGGCUCAAUUCUAUGGAUCACAGAAAGCAGAUCACCACUAGGGGUAGUGGAUGAAAUAUUUGGACCCGUAAAGAAUCCUUACUAUAUCGUUCGAUACAACUCUGAAACCGAGAUCCCUACUGGGCUCGAACAAGGCAGCUUGAUCUCUUUUGUUCCUGAAUUUGCAGAUUAUGUUCUAAACAAUAACAAUCUUUACAAAAAAGGAUACGAUGCGUCUGGUGAAAAUGAUGAAGAGUUAUCUGAAGAGCUAGAGUUCUCGGAUGAUGAGAAGGAGGCCGAGUACAAGAGAAUGAUGAAAAUGGCAAAGAGGGGAUCGGCUGGAGAGAAAAAUGGGCGUAUGAAAAAGGAUAAGAAGUCCAAAAACCGCGGUGGUAACUGGAAAAAUGAUCAACAGCCUUCGUCUAGUGGGCCUAACCAUGGGCCUACAAGUGGUCCUAACCAUGGGCCUAACAAUGGGCUGAAUCAUGGGCCUAACAAUGGGCUGAAUCAUGGGCCUAACAAUGGGCCUACUAGCAGACCUACUAGUGGACCGUAUGCGUUUUCACAGGCACCUAACAUCCCUUCUGGAGUCUGGCCAUUCGGGUUCUCACCAAUUCAGCCACAAAAUCUCGGGUUUCCUCCAAACGGGCUUCCUUCUAAUGUACCACCGUUUAUGCAACAGAACUUUAUUCAGCAACCCUUUCAGAAUCCACAAUUCAACACUCCACCAGGCCAGAUGUUUCCUGGCAACUUUUCUCUAGGUAUUCCCCCCAAUUUUGGUGCAUUUGCGUCUUGGCCUUCAGGUAUGCCUCAGAACAACUUCAACCAAUCACAAAUGGGCCCGCCAAUGGUGUUCGCGGGCUUACCGCAAGGAGUUGCAAUGCCUAAUCAACUUCAAAUGGAAAACAAUAACAGUGCUGUGAGACCUUUUGUUGCUGUUGCAAAUGGUGAAAGCUCUCAAAAAUUUAAUCAAGGCAACGGAUUUUCAAAUCGUGGAGGGAGAAAGCCGUUUCAAAGGGGUGGUGGUCGUUUCAGAGGGGGCAGAAAUGGACCGCGAUCAGGGUGAGUUGUGAACAUUUUGUUAUUUUUCGGAUUAGUUUUCUGUGUUUUAUUUGUGAUGCAAAGAAUUAACUGCUGCUUUAGCUUCAAGUUGUUAUUUUGAUGUAAAAUUUGUAUCAUGUUAUAUACGUGGUUUUAGUGUUUUUAAUCUUUUAUCUCAA